AUGCCGCAAUUUUUGGGCGUCGAAUGGGUCGACGUGUUUUCGUCGUGGGACCGUAAAAAAUCGUAUUUGGGUGUGGUUUGGCACUUUUUUCUCACCUAUCCGCUUGGAAUUAUCACCAUGUUGAUGCCUUUUUGGUUGGUGAGUGUUGGUUUUGGCGCGAAAAAAUUAUUGUGAUUUUUUUAGAGAAUGAUAUUCAAUUGGGUCAAAAAACAAAAAAAUUUCAACAAAAAAUUUUUGGGGAUUUUUUGAAACAGUGAAUUUUUGACAAUUCAAAAAUUGGGUUUCUGCGCAAAAAUUUCAGAUUUUUCGUGCCAAAAAUUGUGCCACGUGGAAAAUUCAAACAAAUUUCAUUGCAGUUCUUCACGUUUCAAUGGCACAUUCUAAUAAUCUACUCAAUCUGGUAUUUCUACGACGCAGAUUCGCCAAAACGUGGCGGCUAUCAAUCGAAUUGGGUGAAAAAAUGGCGUGUCAACAAGUGGUUCGCCUCCUAUUUCCCCAUAACCCUUCACAAAACCGUCGAUUUUUCACCGGACCACAAUUAUUUGAUUGGCUCACAUCCACACGGUAUUAUUUCGAUGGCGGCUUGGUGCAAUUUCGCCACAAAUGGUACGGGAAUUUUGGAGAAGUUUCCCGGAAUUCGAUUCAAUUUGUGCACGUUGGCGUUGAAUUUUAAGAUGGCUAUUAGGAGGGAAUUGUUGCUGCUCAGCGGGAUUAUUGAUUGCUCGAGAGAGUCGAUUGAAUAUGUUUUGGGAGGUGGGUUAGGAAGGGAAUUUUUGAGGGCAAAAAUUUGAACUUGCCACGUGGCACGAAAAUUAGGAAAAUUAGGAAAUAACAAUUGAGACGCAAACCCCAGAAAAGAAACCACAAAAUGGAUAAGAAAAAUUUGAAACAGUCAAUUUUUUUGCAAAUUCAUUUCUGAACUUUUUUUUCGAAAUUACCACGUGGCAUUAUUUUUUUGUAAUAUUGAAGAUUUCCAAAUUCAAAAUUAAUUUGUUUAAAAUUUGAAAAAAUAAGUUUUUUUUUGCAAAUUUAAUUCUGAACUUUUUUCCCACACAAUUUGAUUUUUCAAAAUACAUCUGUUUCUUAUUAACCAAAAAUUCUAACCCCAAAAGAAGUUAAUAAGAAAAAUUUGAAACAGUAAGUUUAUUUUUCAAAUUCAUUGCUGAACUUUUUUCCGCACAAUUUGAUUUUUCAAUAUUCGAUUUCUCCAUAUUCAUCAAAAAUUGUGACCCCAAAAGGGUUAAUAAGAAAAAUUUGAAACAGUAAUUUUUUUGCAAAUUUUUCUGAAUUUUUUUUUUCGUAAAAUUGAAGAUUUUCAAAACCGAAAAAAUAUAAAAAUUUUUUGAAACAGUGAAUUUUUUAACAAAAAAAAUCAACAAAUUUCACUGUUUCAAACUUCUCUUCUAUUCCAGACCCUCAAAAAACCGGUCGAGCUGUAGUUUUGGUGAUUGGCGGAGCCGAAGAAGCGCUCGAUGCUCAUCCCGGCUACCAUUGUCUAACUCUCAAAUCCCGAAAAGGUUUCGUACGCGAGGCACUUCUCACUGGAGCGCACUUGGUCCCCGUCUACUCAUUCGGUGAGAAUGAUGUUUUUGAGCAGUGGGAAAAUCCGAUUGGCUCGAAACUUCGGCGUUUUCAAGAGUGGUCAAAACGAAUUUUCGGAAUUUCCUACCCGAUUUUUCAUGGACGCGGUUUCCUACAACUCACUUUUGGUUAUUUGCCAUACCGUAAACCUAUUGAUACUGUAAUCGGGGCUCCGAUUCCUGUUACACGUGUUGAAAACCCAAGCAAGGAGCAGAUUAAUGAACUUCACGAGAUUUAUAUGCAGAAGUUGGUUGAACUCUUCGAAACGCAUAAAGAAAAGUAUAAUGUGCCAAAGGAAACUAAAUUGAUCUUACAAUAA